UGUAAUUUUUUUCCACUGUCAGUUAAACGCAGCGUUAAGACUAUACCAAUACACUUUGUUCGUAGUUUCCCCCUUUUUUUCAUUGCUAAAAAGCAGAGCAUUUUCAUUCUUCUUAUUUCACCGGGAGCUUGAAUAUUAGUCCACACUUUUUUCUCUUUCUUUUUUUGACUAUUAUGAUAAGUGGACAUUUAAAUUUAAUAAUUGCUUGAAAAUGGCUGGGAUUCACUCGGUUCUCGUCACGGGAGCUUGGCGCGGCAUCGGUUUGGAAUUUACGAAACAAUUUUUGACCAACCCUGAUUUCCGGGCGGAAAUUGUCAUUGCAACAUGUUUGGUACCCGCAGAGGCUAAGGAUUUACUUGAACUUCAGGAGAAACAUUCUGCUUUGCAUAUUCUUGAACUUGACGUGACAAAAUUCGACACUUUUAACGAGUUGGUGAAUAAAGUGCAGGCCAUAGUCGGUCACAGAGGCCUAACACUACUGAUCAAUAAUGCAGGAAUCGGAAGUCCCAUGCACAAACUUGAAAGCAUUGACGCUGAUCGGUAUAUUUCAGUUCUGAAGACGAACACCGUCGGUCCAGUUCUUCUGACAAAAGCUUUGCUUCCUUUGCUGAGGCAAUCUGCAUCAGUAAAUGCCGCACGAUGUCAUGAUCGAUUAAGCAUCACUAGGGCUGCUGUCAUAAAUAUCACAUCUAUAUUCGCAUCUAUACUUCAGACAGGCUCCGACAAAACUAUGGAAAAAGUAAGAGCAUACGGCUACAGAGAAAGCAAAACGGCCCUAAACAUGGCAACCCAACUAAUGAGCCGAGAGCUUGAAGAAGACGGGAUUUUGGUGGAGUCCAUACAUCCUGGCUUCGUCAUCACUGAUAUGACUGCGCAACUAAAAGCGACAACCACCACGGAGACCAGUGUCACCAGCAUGCUCAAAACUAUGCUGGACUUUAGCGAAAAGAAUAAAAUUGGCUUCCGCUCUUACGAUGGAGAAAUCAUACCAUUUUGAUUUAAAUGUAUUUGUGGCAGGCAAUUAGCAAUUGCUGGCAAUAUGCAUGCAGCUAACGUGUUGUUUUGACAAAUUUUAAAAAUGAGCACCGGUAUAACAGAUUUUGUUGGUUAUGGCUCUCGAUAAAAUGAUCUCGGCUUGGAGCGCCUUCAUUUUUUCGUGAUACUCAUCGCUUCGCCAUGCAAUUACUUACGUUGCCUAUACGACCUAGACCCAACUGGGGCCAUUGAUUUCACCAUACUCGUGCACGCGUGUGUCAGUAGUUAACAUGCAUGUGCGGGGAAAAUACGUAUAUUUAAGUUUUGAGAAAAAUCUUAGGUACCUCUUGUUUUCUUUUUUUAAAAUUAUGAAUUGUAUACUUUUACAUUAAAACUUUUUUUACUUUUUUAAUUUCACUUAACAGUUUUUAGGCAUCAAAGAGCACCAAAAUGUUCAGCUUUAGCAAAAAAUGUCAUGUGCGAACCUCCUCCAUUGACUCGAUCCACUGAGCUCCGUAUGAGCAUUCGAAUUUUGCCGCGUCCACCCCGUUAUAUGUAAAAAUCUUAUUUUUGAGAAUAGUUAUAAAUCUUUUAUCUGCAACUUUCAGACGCUUUAGAUUAAACUGCUAAUACAAGUAAUACAAUUCACAGUGAAAUCGGAAGGAAAAUUUCCACCAAUUUCCCGGAGCUUUCGUACUUUAUCCUAGGAAAUUUGGCAACGUCUGAAGGCUCAUACGGUCUUGCGAGAUGUCCGGUUCCUAAGCUACUUCUUGCCAUGAGGAGAACAACUAUUUCAAAUUC